UCAUCUCUCGAUUUUAUAAUUUGUCGUAACAGCCUGGUUUGAAUUUCUCUCACACAGCAAAACAUCCCCGCCAAAUUACAUAUAUACCCAUCCCAGUCCCACCACCCCCACUCUCUUCUUCAUAACUUCCACAAGGACAUAACCGUAACUCCAUCUUCCCCAUCAUUUCCAUCACCGUUACCGUAGCAAAACCACCACCACCGUUAACCAAAUCCCUCCAUUCCCCAAAUCAGAUCCAAACUAACCCUAACCCUAAUUCCCAAUUCACAAAAUCCCCAAAUCGAAUUUCACAAAUUCCAUUCGAUAUGGGCGAUUUCAACCUCGCCCUUGUGAUUGUCGCCAUUGUUGUAUGUGUAAUCGUGUUUCUCGUCAAUGUGUAUCUUCUCGUGAACUAUCAGCAUCCUGAUGAUGUUAAUCAGGCUUAUUUUCCUAAAUUUGUUGUUGUUUUGGGAUUAUCGGUUGCUGCGAUUUCGAUAUUGAUGCUUCCGGCGGAUGUAGCAAAUCGGCAAGCUUGCCGGCAUGCUAUUUAUAAUGGCGCGUGUAAUCUCACGCUCCCGAUGAAGAAUUUGUGGCUUGCGGUUUAUAUUAUCGAUGCUAUUCUUGUGUUCUUCGUUAUUCCUUUUGCAAUGUUCUAUUAUGAAGGAGACCAGGACAAGAGUAUUGGUAAAAGGAUUAAGAGUGCAUUGAUGUGGAUGGUGUCGACUGCCGUAGUUUGUGCUCUUGUUUUGGGAAUUUUGUAUGGGCUUGUUGGUAAGGUGGAUUUUACUGUUAGGCAUCUCUCUUCAUCGACAGAAGCAUUUCCUGGCUCAUGGGGACUCAAUAGUGGUAACCCAUGUGUUGGAAAUGGUGUCCAUCAGUGCUCUGCAUACUCUGCUAGUCCUUCAUCAGAGAAAACAUGGACCAUGCGAUCAACUUUUCCUGAAUAUGUUGUGGCUCUUGCUACUAUCGUUGGAUCUGUGCUUUUUGCUAUAUUUGGUGGUGUUGGUAUUGCUUGCCUUCCACUUGGACUUAUAUUUUCAUUUAUCCGGCGGCCAAAGGCUGUUAUCACUCGCUCACAGUAUAUCAAGGAAGCAACCGAACUUGGUAAAAAAGCAAAAGAAUUAAAGAAAGCAGCUGAGUCACUCCAUCAGGAAGAAAGAGGUGGUGCAAAGGGUAGAAAACAUCGUAAAAAUGUUAAAGCAGUAGAAAAGGAGUUGUAUCAAUUAGAAGAAGACGUGAAGCUUCUUGAAGAGAUGUAUCCACAAGGGGAAAAGGCUGAGACAUCAUGGGCACUAACAGUUCUUGGUUAUCUGGCGAAACUUGUUUUGGGAAUUCUAGGGCUGAUUGUUUCAGUAGCAUGGAUUGCUCAUAUUAUUAUCUAUUUAUUAAUUAAUCCUCCCCUUUCUCCUUUCCUGAAUGAAGUUUUCAUCAAGCUAGAUGAUAUCUGGGGUCUGCUUGGCACAGCCGCGUUUGCAUUUUUCUGCUUCUACCUUCUCCUUGCUGUGAUUGCUGGUGCCACGAUGCUUGGGUUGAGACUAGUGUUCAUCACCAUACAUCCCAUGAAGUGGGGAGCAACUCUCAUGAACUCUUUUCUGUUUAAUGUGGGCCUUAUCCUUCUUUGUUCCAUUAGUGUGAUUCAGUUUUGCUCCACGUCAUUUGCCUACUAUGCACAAGCAACUGCAGCCCAGGAAAUAUUUGGUCACACUUUGCAGUCUCUUCGUGGAAUUAAAUAUUUGUACAAGUACAAUGUAUUUCAAUAUGCAUUUGUUAUUUUGGCCGGCUUGACCUUUGUGUACUAUGCUGCCGUUGGAUGGAGAAGAAAAAAGCCUAGCGGCAGGUUCCAAUUGUCUACAUGAGGUGUGGCUUAGCCCUCAGACCGUUUUGGAAUUUCUUAUCUCUUGUCAUAUCCUUCCUUCAGUGGUUUUUAUCUUUGGAUAUGCUUUGCCUAGAUUUGUUUCGUGUUGAGAGCUAUAGGGUAAGCUGAUCAUCAUCCGAGUAGAAUCAUUUUAUGCAGUUGACUCAUUAGUUGGGUGAUUGAGCUGCAACUUUGGGUCAUUGCUUCUUUUGCCGCCCUUGUAUGUAUCAUGACUUUCUUUGUCUGAUUUGUGUUAUUCACUUUUGUUCAAUAUAUAUGUAAUUAAAUGUAACGUUGCGUGCACGAAAUUGUACUGGAUUCCCACAAGACUAUGAGGUUAUGCAACCCUUGCCAAAGAAAAAAUUGUAAGAGCAGUUUUUAAUUUCAUUGUUACGUUAUUUGUUCAGAGGUUUGUGCAGCUCAUUCUUUGUGUAAUAUAUUUCUAAUGAUAUGAACUAGUAGACCUUCAGAA